AUCGGCAUACGAACAUUUUCGGCAUAUGAACGAACUGAACUGAACGGCGGCUAAGUUGCCCGUAUGUCUGGGAGCCUCUCGAAACUUGUUUGCAUCAGUGGAAAGCCAAGCGAAGCCAACUGAAGCGAAUUUUACAAAAAAAUUUUCAGUCGGCGAAAGCUGUUUCGAAAGAGUCAACCCACGAUACCAACAUUGCUUUCGCCAUGCAUCCAAAAGCUACGUGAAUUUUAACACGUUUUUUUUGUUGACAGAUUGGUGGCGUGGGUGGACGGAUCUAUUUUUAGCCCAAGCUUGCAGGCAUGACUUCCUGUGAGGACCCUUGACCUUUGGGAAUUGGGUGGCUGGAACGGAUUAUCUGCACUUAUGUUAUUUCUUAUGGGAAAAUUCGUAUCUCAAUACAAAUUUUAGCCUUCAGAUCUCGCCUCCAGAACGAAUUAAAUUCGUAUGCCGAGGUUCCACUGUACUGCUUUAGGGUAACAUACCAUAUAAAGGGAAAUAUGUGUAGACUUUUAUACGUACUGUGUAACUUGGUAUGCUAAUUAAACAACCGAAACGGUUCUUCAGCGAAGAUCGAAACGAUGAGACUCUACUAGGACAACUGAGUAGUGAGUAGCAACUAGAUAGAAGGAAAACUCAACGAAGUGCCCGUUUAAAGAAGCGUUUACACUCUAAUCUGCUUUCAGUACCUGCUUAGGUACUAUGAUAUCUAUCAAGUCCUAUAUUUCAAAACUAUAGAAACAUAUACAACUCCAUAGUUCUGAAUUUGCGUACAGUAUUUAUUAUUAGCAGUAGAUAUGACACUGUAAUUCGCUUGUCCCUCUCUUUUUUGUCUUCUCCUUGCACCUGAAUUUAUGUUACCUGUAUUUCGGAAUUGCUUUGUGAAUGUAAAUCCAGCGCUCCUCUUUUUUUUUCUUUUUUCUCCAUGAUCAUCCACGUUCCUCUCCUCUCCUGGUGUGCUGAAUUAGAGUAUGCCUUAAGUCAGUGUCAGUAGAACAUUAUUUAUUGUGUGUGGUUUGUUUUAAUUUAUUGAAACAAAUGAGAAAGGAUGAAUUUUUAACAUAGGCAUAUUGGUUUUUUUUGUUUUUUUUUCGUUUUAAAUCCUGAUCAGUAUCAUCUCUAUAAAAAUGUGAACAGUUUAAAUACCAGUAUUUAACAAUGUUGUAGUGUAGCAUAUCAAUAAAUACAUCUGGCACAUAAGAGAGUGUGUGUGUGUGUGUUGGUGUGUAAUGCAGUGACACUAUAUGUAUUUUGUAUAUGGUUUAGUGCUACAAAUAUCUGGAGCUGGAUCUGCAUUCGAAUUUGAACCCAAAGUGGGCGUGGCCUAAAACUUUUUAUUAAAUGUAAACCAAACAUAACAUAUGCUCCAUAACGCAAUGAAAAGCACUAUGUGGUGGGAAAAUCCCCAUUGUCCUCUAUUAGAAAUGUGCAUAUAGCUCGUUUUAGAGACAGUUUUGCACUUCCACAUGAUAUUUUCUAACGAAGCUACUAUUUCCCAAAAUAUAAACAGAGCUGUAGCCGAAUUUAAGGUAAUUUAAUGUAAAAAUCUUAUUUGUAUGUAUGCUGAAUACCGUAUUUGUAUUCGGUCACAUCCCAAAUAAAAGAGAUCAGAACUACAGAUUGUUCUUGGUGUAAUUCAGAUAAAGAGUAGUACUCCAUGGGAACUGCACAUCCCUUCCUCAACACUCUCCUUGAGGUUUAUAGUUCCUCCCAUGACCUCUCAACGGUAAACGACCGACUCAGGGUAGUGUCUAAUUAGUGAGGUAUGAGUUCCCUUGCUGAGACCUUCAAAUUGAAGGUCCCUAAGAACUUCCAACAUCAAUCCAUACAGCAAAACUGUUGCUAUCUUCAAACAUGGCUUAAAACCAGUCUCCUCCUUGAGCGGUUUACUAACCCAUAAAAAAAUUAAAUAAAUUAAAAUCUUGUAUGGAAUAGUAGCACUAACUGUAUUGUCCUCUUCCUACUCUAUCACUUUUAUCACAUGUACUUCCUUCGGAUAAAAUUUUUUCCUAAACGAAUAAAUAUAAUUACUUUCCAAUUUUAUUUGGUAAACCAGUAUUCCAGCAUAAAGUGGAUACCGAAGAUGGAUAAAUGAGUUGGUAUGACUUGGUAUUAAGUUCUGUGCUAGUGAUAAGCCCGGAAGUGGUAAUUCUCACACUUGGUGUACAUGGAGGCCAGGGAUUGGUGGUCAGGACUGAUUAGCCGUGCUUCAUCCGUCCUGGAACAGAUGGUGCAGUCGGCUUACCUUCAGGCCUUGACAAACCCUCUUGAAAAACACCUCGUAUAUGCGACAGGAAGGACCACCAGAGGAUCCCCUCAGAUUCAGGUGAGAUUAAACUUAAAGCUUCAACAUGCAAAUUAGCUUCAGUGUGCUUUAUUGUGGUUUGUAAGACUUCUAUAGAAGAUAUCUAUAUAGUUUGGUUUGUCUUUUGCUGUAAUAUCGAUGCAUUUAUUUUUGAAUUGCCUAGUAUACAAGAUGAUGGAAACAUGUAACCGAAACAUGAGCUACAAAAGCUUGAUGAUGAUGAUGAUGAUGGCUCUGUUGCUGCUUUUUGCACAAUUGCUACAUGGUUCUGCUCUUCCUGCUGCAUCGUCAUACGAGUUCACAGCCUACAGGAUGCAGCAGUACAGACUGCAACAGGAAAAACAUGGUUGUCAAGGUGCCAUGGUUGUUGCGGAGGCACGCUCGCCAGACGACUCGAGUUUGACUCGCCGCUGCGUGAUCAUGAAGCUGUCUGAUUUUACAUUAGAUCGCUUUCUACAGGCUAAAAGGCAGAAUGCAGCAGCAGUGCUCAUACUGAUACCUCAGAACAUCUCCAAUAUAUCUGAAGAUGUCAUCCAGAGUUUCAUGGUUACAGAGUCUGAGGCCCUGAAGAUCGAAAUGCUCAUGCCUGUUUAUGUGGUUCCUGAGGAUGAGCAGCUUCUAUAUAUGUAUGAAGAAGUAAAGCAUGCCGCAGCCACAAAGUCUGCCUCCAUCUUGAUAAGAGUACUCCGCAGUAUGGUCACAACCACUGCUUUUCAGAUAUUGGUGAACAACAACUCCCCCAUCAAGGCUAUCACUGACAGCUCUAUCAUUACAUUAGAGGGUGUGCUUCCUGGAGUUGGAGAGGACCCAGCCACAAUUGUUAUCACUGCCCAUUAUGACUCUUUUGGCCUUGCUCCAUGGAUGUCAUAUGGUGCAGACUCGAAUGGCAGUGGUGUCACCAUACUGCUGGAACUGGCUCGACUCUUUCAUCGACUUUACAGUGAUCCUCGCAACAAGGCACCGUUUCACCUCCUUUUCUUUCUUACUGGUGGAGGAAAAUAUAAUUACAUUGGCACUAAACGCUGGCUGGCUGAAAACAUGGACCAUGCAGAAUCUAGUCUUCUACAUGAUAAUGUGGCCUUUGUUCUCUGCUUGGACUCUCUUGGUUCUGGUGAUGAACUCUUCCUCCAUGUAUCACGACCUCCAAAACCUGAGACACCUCAGUUUAGCUUCAUCAAGCAACUAGAAGACGUUAUCUCCUCCAGGUUUCCAUGGGUAAAGUUUGGAACCAUACACAAGAAGAUCAACCUGCAAGAGUCUGCUCUAGCAUGGGAGCAUGAGCGCUAUGGAAUGAGACACAUCCCAGGGUUCACUAUGUCUCAUCUGCAAGACCCCAGAUCAGAGCGUCGGGGCUCCAUUCUUGACACCAUGUCUCAGGUGGACGUCAGAAAGCUGAAACGGAACGUAGUCAUCGUUGCUGAGGCCUUGGUGAGGUACAUGUAUAAUCUGUCAGACAAGGGAUCUCCGAAAGAAUUGCAAGUGUUCAGAGGCAGUUUGGAAGUCCUGGACAGUCGUUUAUCUGCUCUGAUGACCAUGUUGACUACAGUGCCACGAGCCACUCAGCUGAUGGACACAGAACCACAACAGACUCUUCUCAUCGACAGCCUGGAGCAGGAGUUCAGGCGACACCUUCAACAGGUUUACAGACACACUUUCCGUCAGGACCACAGGGAUCCUGACAUUACGUUCUUCGAUCAAAUGAAGCAGCCAAUGAUGAUGUACAGGGUGAAACCGGCUGCGUUCGAUCUCUUCCUGGGUGGCUGUAUUGCGGGUUAUUUAGGAUUAGUGUACUAUGCAAUCCAGAACUUUGGAAACGUGUACGCAAGACUCAAAGCUGUCCUGAAGAACAAACUGCAGUGAGACACAUGGUGCGUUGAAGACGGGUUAAGAAAAUUUGCUUUUGAAAAUAAGGAGUGUUAAACAAUCCUACAAGACGUUACCACUUAUUGUACACUUGUUUUGUACUGUAUUUCACAUGGUUGUGUACUUUUAUAAUAAACAACAGUCUUUGUAGAUAACAUACUUGCAU